CCCUGCGCCGGGCGGAGCGGGCGGCGAGCGCCGAACCGGGCGCGCUGUGGCGGAGCCGGGGCCGGGCCGGGACCAUGGGCGCCCCGCAUCUCGCCAGCCUCCAUCCGCGGUCCCGCCCCUCCAGCCCGCUCCUGCCCGGCCCCCGCACUCCUGCCGCCUGAUUCCUGCCGGAACUGGAGCUCGCAGGAUCCCCCUUCCCCGGCCGUGGCGAGACGGCUGGUCUCCAGAAGGCCCGCGGGUGAACCCGAGUGUGGAGCAGGCAGUGCCCAGCCAGCCUCACAGACGUGACGUAACUGCGGACGGAGCUUGGCAACAACUCCUCCUCGGAGGUGUUGGUGCCCCGUCUGGACAUCUGUGCGAAGAGGAUCUAAAGCAGGGAUCAGCUCCUGCAGAGAAUUAUCUUUAUCUUGAAGUAUCUGUCCUCAGGAGACAAAUUCCAGCUGCUCAGCUGGGACCCAUCUAUCUCCUCUCUCAAUGAUGCCUCCAUAACAACCCAGAGGACACAGGUUGGAGAGCCUCCAGACAAAACUGAGGACUUAAGCCCAGGACACAGCAUCUCAGAUGCUCUGAGAGACUGCUUCUGCGGAGUAAGACAUGUCUACUUAAGAAAAUUUGGAAAAUGCAGAAGAUUACCAAGGAGAAAAGAAGUCUUCUAAGAUCCCACCACCUGCUUAAAGAAAUGGUGUGUUCCUGAUUCGAGGUGAAACCAUGACGAGAAGAUAAAACAAAUAAUAAUGCUUUUCCGCAAUCGCUUCGUGCUGCUGCUGGCCCUGGCUGCGCUGCUGGCCUUCGUGAGCCUCAGCCUCCAGUUCUUCCACCUGAUCCCAGUGUCGGCAGCUAAGAAUGGAGUGACUAGCAAGAAUCGAAAGAGGAUCAUGCCUGACCCGGUGACGGAGCCCCCCGUGAUGGACCCCGUUUACGAAGCCCUUUUGUACUGCAACAUUCCACGUGUGGCCGAGCGCAGCAUGGAAGGUCACGCCCCGCAUCAUUUUAAGCUGGUCUCAGUGCAUGUGUUCAUUCGACACGGGGACAGGUACCCACUGUAUGUCAUUCCCAAAACGAAGCGCCCAGAAAUUGACUGCACUCUGGUGGCUAACAGGAAACCGUAUCACCCUAAACUGGAGGCUUUCGUGAGUCACAUGUCCAAAGGAUCCGGAGCCUCUUUCGAAAGCCCGUUGCACUCCCUGCCUCUUUACCCCAGUCACCAGCUGUGUGAGAUGGGAGAGCUCACGCAGACAGGGGUUGUGCAGCAUCUGCAGAAUGGCCAGCUGCUGAGGGACAUCUAUCUGAAGAAACACAAACUCCUGCCCCAUGACUGGUCCACAAAGCAGCUUCACUUGGAGACCACUGGCAAAAGCCGGACGCUGCAGAGUGGGCUGGCUCUGCUUUAUGGCUUUCUCCCAGAUUUUGACUGGAAGAAGAUUUAUUUCCGGCACCAGCCCAGCGCUCUGUUCUGCUCUGGGAACUGCUAUUGCCCGCUGAGGAACCAGUACCUGGAAAAGGAGCAGCGUCGGCAGUACCUGCUGCGUCUGAAAAACAGGCAGCUGGAGAGGACCUACGAGGAGAUGGCCAGGAUCGUGGACGCGCCCACCAAGCAGCUCCGGGCUGCCAACCCCAUAGACGCCAUGCUCUGCCUCUUCUGCCACAACGUCAGCUUCCCCUGCACCAGGAACGGCUGUGUUAACAUGGAGCACUUCAAGGUGAUCAAGAGGCAUCAGAUAGAGGACGAGAGAGAGAGGCAGGAGAAGAAACUGUAUCUGGGCUAUGCGCUCCUGGGCGCCCACCCCAUCCUGAACCAGACCGUGGGCCGCAUGCGGCGCGCGGCGGAGGGCCGGAAGGAGGAGCUCUUUGCUCUCUCCUCUGCUCACGACGUCACUCUGGCCCCGAUUCUCAGUGCCUUGGGCCUUACCGAAGCCAGGUUCCCGAGGUUCGCGGCCAGGUUGAUCUUUGAGCUCUGGCAAGACAGGGAGAAGCCCGGCGAGCACUCCGUCCGGAUUCUCUACGACGGUGUCGACGUCACGUUCCACACCUCGUUCUGCCAGGAUCACCACAGGCGGUCUCCCAAGCCCAUGUGCCCCCUCGAAAACUUCGUCCGCUUUGUCAAAAGGGACAUGUUCGUGGCCCUGGGUAGUGGUAGCACUAAUUAUUAUGAUGCGUGUCACAGGGAAGGAUCCUAAAAGGUACGUGGUGUGGCGCUAACAGAAUCUAUGCCAAUACAGAGGGAUGGCAAAGGUCCACUUCUAGUUCUUUUGGUUGCUAAGGGUACAAGGUGAUUUCUAAAGGCCGGAAAUCAUGCUUGGGGGCCACAUAGAUUUAGGGUUGAACAGUGAGUAUGUUGCUGUAAUUGGGUACGUGAGUUACUUGGUACACAAUGGCCAGUUCACAGAGAAAGGAAGGUACUUUAUCAUAGCCAGACUUUGCUUAGGAUGCUAGAAUAACACUUCAGUAUCCAAAACUGCCAAUCCACAUGUGUGUUCUUUUGAUCUGCCUUGGUACUGUAUGAUGGAACCAGCAAACCUCAGCCAGAAGUUUCUUAAUCUGGGACAAUCUUACCUUGUCCUUGUUCAGUGAACAAUUUCCUGAAGUGAUUUAUCUAAAAUAGGGGUAGGCAGACUUUUUCUGUAAAGGGCCAAAUAGUAAAUAUUGUAGACAUUGUGGACCAAAAGGCCACAUAUAGCGUCUGUCACAGCUACUCGAUUCUGCUCUUGUAACUUGAAAGCAGCGACAGACAGCGCGUGAAUGAAUAAGCAUGGCUGUGUUCAUAGGCCGCACAGAACAGGCGGUGGGCCAGGUGUGGCCCGAGGGCUGUAGUUUGCUGACCCCUGUUCUAAAAGCCAGGCUCUACUACAAUUGCACUUCCAGCACUUUGCGAGAGAACCAGUUGAAUACCCAGAAUUAUUCAGUGGUGCCUCCAGUAACUUCUGCUAGAAACACAGAAUCUGUGUCUGUAUCCGACAUUAUAACAAAACUUGAGGGGAAAUAAACAUUGAAUCAAAAUGAAUCAUAGAAAAAUUAUUAGAAUAAUACUUGAUGUUCAUGAUGAUUAUGGUAUAAGAUAGUUUUGAGUAUGUCUUAAAUAUUUGUCUGCUGUAGUCUAUUUGCUGUACAUGCUGAAAUUUUUGUAUUCCAUUUAGUAUUUUUAUAGUCUAGGAAAAUAUUUUCUAAGACCAGUUUUAGAUGUGCUCUGAUUCCUAUGAAAUAUUCAAUUUACUGUAUCUGCCUGGUGGUUAGAAGGGAGCCAGAAGCUGAAUUCAGGCACUUUCUUCCAAUAAAACCAAUUAUGGCUCAUUGCCUUCGACAAGCAGUAGAAUUGGAUCGACUUUUAAACCAUUUUCGUGUUUCAAAUGGUAAAUUCGAAUUGAUUUUUAAAUAAGUUUUUGGAAGAACUUUGUUACUAGAUAGUUAAAUAAUCUUUAUAAGGUAUUUUAUAUAUUAGAAGCAAUUAUAAUUAAAUCUGUGAUUUCUGACUAAAAUGGUGCUAGUUCUGUGCGAAGAAAUAUAAAGUGAGAUUCCCUGAUGUCGCUGGUAUUCCAGCCUUUUCUCUUUGUUUUUUGUCCAGUGUUGCAUUUGAGUACAUCCGUUUCUAUUAAUAAAUUUUUGAAGAUUACUCGUACACACAA